AAACAAAGGUCAUUGUAAGAAAACACUGCGGAAGGGGAGUGCAACCAAUGUGAAACGAAAACGUUUUCACUGGACUUUCUGUAACCAACCGAUAGGUCGAUCGGUGAUCAGCAGUGUCUGGUCGCUACCAGCAAGUGAUCAUUGUAUAAAACAGUAACAAAUGUUUGUUUAACUAGGAAGUUUUGAUCAAUGUCAAUCACCCAACAACAGUUUUACAUUAACUUUUUGCAUUUCUUCGAAAGUGAGUUUUUGCGAUUACGUCAUUUAUGAACGCAAGGAUUAAUGUCAUUGGCAUGCUGUCAAAUUGAAAUGACAUUUUAGGAAUAAGAAUUUCGCUCAGACUAUCAUUUCCUGAAUUUUCUUAUGAGGUGGCAGUAUUACAAACAUAUUGUAACAUAUAGACAAAACAAUAUACUAACAUGUCUAAGAAAAAAGGUACAAAGAAAAAUCAAGAUCUUGAUGAAGACUUCGAAGACAAGCGGUUGGAAGAAUCGCAUGAUAUAACCUCAAAGAAUAAAGGGAAAAAUAAAAAGAAAGGAAAAACAAACGCUAAUAUUAGUGAUGAGGAACUGGAUACGAAUAAGAAAAAUAUAGCUUCAGAUGAUGAAGAAGAAGUCAAACCCGGAACAAAAAAAUCACAAAAAAAAGGUUUAUGUAAAAACAAAAAGAAAGAUGAUGUUUCUGAAGACGAAUAUGAAGAAAGUAAGGCCACAAAUAUUGCAUCAAAGACCUCUAAACAAAGUAAAAAGAAGAAAGGUAAGGGUAAAAAAGAUGAUUGGUCAGAUGAUGGCAGUGAUUUAGACCUUAAGGAAGUUUCCGAAGAUGAAGUAGCAAAACCUGUUAGUAAAAAAAAAGCAAAGAAUAAAAAGAAAGCUGUAGAGGAACAUUCAGAUGACGAGGAUCAUGAUGACACUAAGUCUGUAGUUAGCAAUACAUCUAGUAAACCAGCUACUAAAGCUAAAGGCAAGAAAGGUAAAGAAAAGAAGAAUGAUGAUUGGUCAGAUAAUGGCAGUGAUGUGGAACUAAAAGAACUGUCAGAUGAGGAAGUAGCGAAACCUGUUACUAAAAAGAAAUCGAAAAAUAAGAAGAAAUUAGAAGCAGUUGAAUCAUCAGAUAAUGAAGAUGAUGAUGAUUCUAAAUCAUUAAGCAGUGUAAUGCCUCCACCGGCUCCUAAAAAUAAAAAAGAAAAAGCUAAGAUUGAAGAAUUGCCUGUUGAAGAUGUGGACUCAAAAAUAAUAUUAUCAGAUGAAGAGCAAAUAAUUAAACCGGCAGUUAAGAGUAAAAGUAAAAAUAAAAAGAAAAAUAAUAUAGAUGAUAUUGAAGAAGAGUUGAAGAAAUUUGAAAUGAAGGAUCCAGAACCUGAAGAAGAAAUUAUCGAAGAAAAGGAAGAGAAAGGUCAACAAGAGAUAGUAGAAGUCGAAAAGAAAAUGAGUCACAAAGAGAAGAAGAAACUGAAGAAGCAACAAGAAUAUGAGAAGCAGAUGGAGAUGCUGACGAAGAAAGGUGGACAGGGACAUAGCGAUUUGGAUGCCAAUUUUACUGUGAGUCAAGCGCAGAAAACUGCAGGUCAAAUGGCUGCUUUAGAGAAUGCAGUUGACAUAAAAGUAGAAAACUUUUCUAUAAGCGCUAAAGGCAAAGAUCUGUUUGUGAAUGCUAAUUUAUUGAUAGCUAAUGGCCGUAGGUACGGUCUGGUAGGUCCUAACGGGCACGGUAAGACCACCUUGUUGAGACAUUUAGCUCAGCGUGCGUUUCCACUGCCCCCACACAUUGAUAUACUGCUUUGUGAACAAGAGGUCACCGCCAGUGAUAUGAGUGCUGUUGAUACUUUGCUGGAAUCUGAUGUUAAGAGAACUGAACUUUUAAAGGAAUGCAAAGAAUUAGAGGCAGAGACUGAGAAAGGAAAUUUGAGUAAGCAAGAUAGACUUAAUGAGGUGUACGCAGAGCUGAAGGCGAUAGGUGCGGACGCGGCGGAGCCCCGCGCGCGACGUAUCCUGGCAGGUCUGGGCUUCAGCAAGGAGAUGCAGGAUCGCGCCACAAAGAACUUCUCCGGUGGAUGGCGCAUGAGAGUUUCACUCGCCAGAGCUCUAUAUAUAGAGCCAACACUGUUGCUGCUCGACGAACCUACAAACCAUUUAGAUCUCAAUGCUGUUAUUUGGUUGGACAAUUAUUUACAAGGAUGGAAGAAGACAUUGUUGGUUGUAUCUCACGACCAGUCGUUCUUAGACAACGUGUGUAACGAGAUUAUACAUUUAGAUCAACAGAAGUUGUUCUACUAUAAGGGAAAUUAUUCCAUGUUUAAGAAAAUGUACGCACAGAAACGUAAAGAAAUGAUCAAAGAAUACGAGAAGCAAGAGAAGAGAUUAAAGGAGAUGAAAUCACACGGACAAUCGAAGAAACAGGCUGAAAAAAAACAGAAAGAAGUACUAACACGUAAGCAAGAGAAGAACAGGAGUAAGAGUCAGCGGGAGGAGGCGGAGGAGGGCGCGGCGCCGGUGACGCUGCUGCAGCGACCCAAGGAGUACAUCGUCAAGUUCAACUUCCCCGACCCCCCACCUCUACAGCCUCCAAUACUCGGCUUGCACAAUGUGAAUUUCAACUUCCCGGGUCAGAAGCCGCUGUUUAUAGAUGUGGACUUCGGUAUAGAUCUGAACUCUCGUAUCGCUAUCGUGGGCCCCAACGGAGUCGGCAAGUCCACAUUCCUCAAACUUCUAGUGGGAGAACUGAGCCCCGUGCGGGGAGAAUUGAUCAGGAAUCAUAGAUUGAGGAUAGGUCGUUUCGACCAGCACUCUGGUGAGCAUCUAACUGCUGAGGAGUCCCCGGUGGAGUACCUGCAGCGCCUGUUCGGUCUGCAGUACGAGAAGGCGCGCAAGGCGCUGGGCACGUUUGGUCUCGCGGGUCACGCUCACACCAUCAAGAUGAAGGACCUCAGCGGAGGGCAGAAGGCGAGGGUCGCCCUCGCUGAACUCACCCUCAUGGCUCCCGAUGUCGUUAUAUUGGACGAGCCGACGAACAAUUUGGACAUAGAAAGUAUUGACGCACUCGCGGAGGCCAUCAACCAGUACAAGGGUGGUGUUGUGAUUGUGUCUCACGACGAGCGUCUCAUCAGAGAGACUGAGUGCGCGCUCUACGUCAUCGAGGAUCAAACUAUUAAUGAGGUGGAUGGCGACUUUGAUGACUACAGGAAGGAACUCCUGGAGAGUCUGGGAGAGACUAUCAACUCUCCUUCCAUCAUCGCUAACGCGGCUGUUCUACAAUAGAGUCAAUUUUAUCAUCAGAUGAAUGAUAAAGAUACUAUAUUAUAUCUAUGUUAUAUAAAUAUAUAUUUCUUUGUCAACUAUUAGCAAAUUAUGUAAAAUAUUUAACUGUCAAUUAGUAAAAUGGUUGUCAACACUAAUCACGGAUUCAAAUUUAUAUUUUCUAGAACAUUACAUAAUUUGCUGAUUAAAAGAGAACUUUUGGUGGAACAACGAAUGCUUUCGUAAC